UUAAAGGGCCAUGAGGACACUGCUGUUCAAGUCCUAGCACUGAUUUAUUCAUACUUGGUCCGCUUGAGUGGCGAAAAUUAAAAGAUCAGCUUAAAUAAGUUCAUAUACCGCUGAUAGUCUCGACCGAUCUCUUGCAGCAAGAAAUGGCAAUAGGUUGCAGAGCCCAACAGCUGGUCGCGAACAAAUGCUUUGGUAAAUGUACUGUGCGUUCAGCAGAGUAUCAUAAAAGAGCUAGGCCUAUCUGCGUUUUAAACAAGAAUGUGAUUCAACAAAAAGAACAAAGGAUAUAUGAACAGUAUCAUCAAAACUACCGCACAUUGUACACAUCCAAGAACUUGGCUGGCACACCCCGACUUUCGCCCCAAGAGGUGACCAGCUUUCUUCGUGCCAAUGAGCAUACACAGGAGUUUACCACAACUGGCUCUGUCAAGUCCUAUGAUUCAAAUCAACUUUCAUCCAACAACCCCAUUGAAGACACAAGGACUGAGGCACAAUGUCUGUUAACGAACGGCCUAUUGCUGGGAGUGUUUGAUGGACAUGGAGGGGCAUCAUGUGCCCAAGUAAUUGCAAAGAGACUUUUCCACUACAUCACUGUCUGUUUGCUUCCACCAGAUAUUCUUCAUAAAUAUCUCAAUGCUUUGGAAAAUAAUGAGACUAUGGAACUUCUUAAUGUUUAUAAUGACAAGGUAGAAUUAGUAGAUGAACUUAAGAUUUUGUAUGAAGCAAGUUUCAAAAUAUUUGUUAAAGAAUUGUCUCAAAUUAAGGGAAAUCAAAGAGAUUUCCAUAUGAAAGAAGCAAUGGAAAAAGCAUUUCUUCGGCUGGAUGACGACAUAUCUAAUGAGGCUUUAUGUAAGAAUGAUGGAAAAGUAAAUAUGAAGACCUUGUCCAUAGCCAUGUCAGGUGCAGUAGCAUGUGUUGCACAUAUUGAUGGACCCCACUUGCAUGUAGCUAGCAUAGGGGACUGUCAGUGUGUGCUUGGAAUGCUCAGUGAUGUCAGCACAUGGACUGCGAAGAAACUGACGACAGAACACAAUACAGACAAUCAUGAGGAAGUUGAAAGAAUUCUCAGAGAGCAUCCAAACAAUGAAAGAGACACUAUAAUUAAAAUGGAACGACUCCUGGGACAGUUGGCCCCUCUUAGAGCACUUGGAGAUGUCAAAUACAAGUGGAGCAAAAGCACAUUGAGCAAUGCUGUACUCCCAUAUUAUGGAGAGACUGUAAUUCCUCCAAAUUACUACACACCACCAUACCUCACAGCAUGUCCUGAUGUAACAUACCAUCGGCUUACUCCUAGGGACAAGUUUUUAGUGAUAGCAUCAGAUGGGCUGUGGGACCUUGUGUCACCCUUGCAAGUGGUACGGCUGGUAGGAGAACAUAUGAGUGGUAAAGUAACACUCAACCCAUUCAGACUCCCUCGCAAGGGCAUGCACAUUUCUGACAUCAAUAAGAUGCUGCUUCAGCGUAAGGAGGGGCUGAAGAUGAAACCUACUGACAGGAAUGCAGCAACGCACUUAAUGAGGAAUGCCUUGGGUGGCACUGAGUAUGGUAUUGAUCAUGUAAAACUUUCUCAUUUGUUGUCGAUACCACAGGAGUUAGUCAGAGUAUUCAGGGAUGAUAUAACUAUUACAGUUGUAUACUUUGACUCAGAGUACUUACGGCAUUGCCCUCCAUGAGUGCUUGAGCUGGGUAGUGUAAAUAUAGUAAUUGUACAUACACAUAACACUGUAGUAACUUAUUCCCUCUCAAUUCUUAAAUGACAUACCUUGUCGUGACCUUUUCCAGAUGUACAUAUGUGGGUGAAUAUAGUUUUUAAGAUAAUGUCUUCUGAUAAUUUUUGAAAAUUGAAUUAGUGACAAAAUGAUGGCCACUUUGGCUCUUGGAGUUUAAAAAUUGCAUCAUUAUUCUAAUACACAUACUGUUUAUGUUG